AUGACGAACGAAGAAGGCUAUAACAAACUCAUUGAAAUAGGUAUGGUCGGUGAAAAGAUGGGCUGUUUUAAGCUAGAUAAGGUAUUUUCUGAAGUUCAUGUCCUCUCCAAGCGUAAGUACUGGGGCAUACUUGAAGACGGCACAGAAAUAAAACAUUGCAUGAAAUAA